AUGGCCGUCCUCGUCGGGGUCACGACACCAUCCUGUGCCCUACCCAUCUUGGAGUUCCUAGAAAACGGGGUCCUUCCCAUGGACGAGACCGAAGCCCGACAAGUGCAGCGCCGGGCGUCCGCCUACAACAUCAUCAACAACGAGCUCGUCGAGCGCAGCUCCACCGGCGUGUUCCAACGCUGCGUCGAGCAGGACAAGGGCAUUGAGAUCCUCGUCAACAUACACCAGGGCGAGCGUGGACACCACGCCGCCUCGCGGUCCCUGGUUGCCAAGGCUUUCCGCCAUGGUUUCUACUGGCCCACGGCCCUCGAAGACGAAAAGUCGCUUGUCCUUAUGUGCGAAGGAUGCCAACGCUUCAGCAAGCACAGUCACCAGCCGGCUUCGGCACUCCGGACCAUCCCGAUCGCCUGGCCCUUCGCGGUCUGGGGACUCGACAUGGUGGGGCCUUUCAAGACUGCUCGAGGCGGCAUGACGCAUCUGCUGGUGGCAGUGGACAAAAUCAUCACGGACAACGGCACCAACUUCGCCAAGGGCGCGCUUGCGCGGUACUGCUCCGUCUCCGGCAUCCGCCUCGACUUGGCUUCCGUGGCACACCCGCAGUCCAAUGGCCAGGUCAAGCGAGCCAACGGUCUCAUCCUGUCCGGCAUCAAGCCGCGACUCGUCGAGCCACUUGUCCGGUCAACCGGCAGCUGGCUCGACGAGUUGCCGGCCGUCCUCUGGAGUGUCCGCACCACACCAAACAGGUCGACCGGGUUCACCCCGUUCUUCCUCGUCUACGGAGCAUAA